AAAGCGUGCUGUGAAAUCGUUUUAGUUUGUCUUUACUUACAAAAAAAAAUACAAAUUCGAAAAAGCACAAAUACUGCCACAUUCCCAGGCAAUUUUUACAAUCUACAAGUAAUCUAGAAAAGUAAGAACGCAGCCAUGCCACGUCGUCAUCACGGAAAUGCCGCAUCGAUAGCAAUGCUGCGCAAGAAGACGCACGACAACAUCAACAAAAUUAGCAGCCAAAAGACUAAAGAAAAAAAUAACAAAAGCAAAAGCAAAGGCAAAAGCGCCAGUGGCACCGCCAGCGGCUCGAAAAACAAAAAUGAGAAAAAGUCCAGCUCUGAAAAAACCGAAAAAUCUAACCAGAAGCCCAAACAGAUGCCAAAGCUGGCAAAGCAGGCAAAGCUGCCGCAGAUGCUGGCAAAGAAGACUUCGACUUCGUUCAUUUUCAAGAAGCCGACACUGGUCCCGGCCUUAAGCCGUGUCCCCAAGAAGGUGCCAAGGUGCGACGUGGAGCAGCUUGAACAGAAGCCGAACCCCGACCAGAUCUCUUCGCCUGACGUCCUGCAUUCAGUCGAUGACAAGAAGCUGACCUGUGGCAUUGACUCUACCCCAGAGUCGAUCCAUGAGUCGACUUUAGAGGUAUCUGUCAAGGAAUCAAUCUUGCAUCUGCAGGAGAUCAGUAGCUCCGACCAGGAGCCACUAUGCAACAAGGCAUCACUCGGCGACCAGGGGACUAUCGGCGACCUGGGGCCACUCGGCGACGUGGAGCCAAUCGGCGACCUGGCGCCACUCGACGACCUGGGGCCUAUCGGCGACCUGGCUCCACCCGGCAUCCUGGCUCCACCCGGCAUCCUGGCUCCACCCGGCAUCCUGGCUCCACCCGGCAUCCUGGCUCCACCCGGCAUCCUGGCUCCACCCGGCAUCCUGGCUCCACCCGGCGACCUGGGGCCUAUCGGCGACCUGGCUCCACCCGGCGACCUGGCGCCACUCGACGACCUGGAGCCAAUCGGCGACGUGGAGCCAAUCGGCGACCUGGAGCCAAUCGGCGACCUGGGGCCAAUCGACGACCUGGAGCCAAUCGGCGACCUGGGGCCACUCGAUGAUCAGGAGCCACUCGGCGACCAAGGAUCAUUCUCUGACCCCGAAACAAUCUGUUACCGCCCACAGGAUUUAAUUAAUGACCAGAUGCCAGACUUCAACGAGGAUCCACCCUUCAACGAGGAACCUGCAACCUGCAACCUGAAGCCACACGUCGACAUGGAGGCAAUCUUCAAACUGCCAUCCUAUAUCAUCGAUCCGAAAUAUGCCCAGUACCAGGUGCCAGAAGCUGCAGAAAAGCCAAUCAGUGGUGUUUAUUCGCCAGAGACGUCCGACGGCCAGGGAUCGUCACGCAAGGCAGUGCCCAACGAUACCUUCGCCUUUAUGUUUGGCCACAGUGCGAAGGACUGGGAGCUAAAGCUCUUUCCAGAGCUGUACCGCCGCAUGCCGACACUGCCCUCGUAUUCGGACAUCUUCGGGCAGCCUUCUUAUGAGUCCCAUCGUACGACGCCCAAGCCAUCUUCCCAGAGCGAAGGCAUUCGGAGCAAUGCCGAUGGAGUCUUCACUAACGUUCCCAGUUCCAUGAUCCUAGAUCAAUAUGGGGUUGUGGGUCUACUCGCGGCCAUGCGGGCUACCCACACCCAUCCGGAGACCACCCGACUGGUGUUUGGGGAAGAUCUGACAAAGCUCGGCCUAGAUCUGACUUCACCGGACGAGAUCUAUGUGAACUUCAAUGGACCCUUCACCACCAAGCCGCCACACCGGCAGCCAAUGAAGAUGAACCAGGACAAGGCAUCGGACGACGACUUCGCCUAUAUGCGGGAAGACGAACAAGAGCCUGGAGCUGAUUCGGCAUGAGCUUGACAGCCUCAUCUGUCCACAUGGCCACAUCAAGCACAUCUUUUUGUGUAGUUUUCAUUUUCACUUUUAUUUUGUAUAAUUCUUAACACAUUUGAAUUUUGUAAAACGCAUUUUUCGACACUUUUGACAGAGCGAAAUGUAGAAAAAGCGUUUAUAAAUAAAUCAUAUGUCUGGCAGACAUCGGACGCAUGGCACGCGAAUACUUGA